CAUUCAUAAUAAGCAAACAAAAACUUUUUAAAAACUAACUUUAAUUUUUUAUAAAAAUGAUACAUGGAUCAAAAUCAUCCCUUCCUAGUCUUCUUAUAGUUGAAGCAGAUAAUGGCAAUGUAUUCAUAAUUGAAAAUAAGGACUCACAGUCUCAGGUUGAUAAAAUUUUGAAAUCUGAGAGAAGUGAGCAAUCAAAAAAAGUCAAAAUAUUAAAACCAAAGAAUAAAGAUGAAGAUACAACGCCACCACUAUUAUCCACAGAAAUCAGGGAAGAAGAAGAAGAAAUUCAACUUAUGGACUUUUUAGAUUGCGAAAAACAAGAGGAAUCUGAUAUAUCAUUGAGUCAAGUUUCAUUUGUUGAUUUGAAACAAGAAUAUGAUAUUUCAAAACCUAGUAUUACAGCAUGCAUAACAAAAGAAAACAAUCAAUCAGUUAAAACGAAAACUGAAAACGAAAAAAGCUCAACUUUUAAUGGUCACUGGUCUGACGACGAAACCAAUGACAACAGUUUUCAAGAAUCUAUGACAGCCUUACCAAAUGACAAAAGAUCUUCAGAUAAGCAGUUUAACACGGGAUUAUCAGAAGAGAAUAAAAACGUAAAGAAUAACUUCAGGAGUCAUAAAAUGAGAAGUCUUGUGGGGAAAAUCGCUUGUAAAUAUUGCGACACAAUUUUCCCUUCGAAAGCUGAACAGUCUAUGCAUGUCUGUCCGUAUCUACAAUGCGAUCCAAAAAAUUUCAUUUGUCGUAUCUGUAAAAAGGAGUUGAGUAGAAAAACUUUUAGUAAUCAUCUUCAUGAAACACUUGACUGCCAAUAUUGUGGGAAGAAGUUUAUAAAUCCAAGAAAUAUGAAAAGUCAUAUUGAGAAACAACAUCAAGACGAAGAUUUCAUUCCUCCCGUUGUAAAGGAUAACGAAGAAUACUUAAAAACUAAAAUAUGUUAUGAGGAAAGUUUAAAGUCUCAAGAAGCAAUGAGAAGUAAAGAUAAUAGUCGUGUUCGUAAAAAAGAAAGAUUUGAAUGUGAUCUUUGCGGUAAAUAUUUAGCUUCGCUUCGUUCAAUGUCAUUUCAUAUGAGCCUUCACACCGGGAAUUCAGUUUAUAUUUGUGAAAAUUGUGGUGAAAAGUUUUUUACACCAAAUGGAAUUAAAGGACAUUCAUGUGAGAAAAAGAGAAGACGACCGGAAAAAGACUUUCGAACAUAUGAUUUACGCCACUGUCGAUUUUGUGAUUCAUAUUUUGGAAGUUAUGAUGAAAAUAAAGCUCAUGCAUGCAUUUAUCAGUAUCCUGAAGAUCCUAAAAUGAUUUAUUGUCGUUCUUGUGGAAAACUGCUAGCAAAACUUGCUUUUAAUCGACAUUUUGAAAUUCACAGUGGAGUAGAUUGGAUAUGUUCAGUUUGUUGCAGAAAAUUAGCUACUGAAAGAGCUUUGAAAGUUCACAUGACAACUCAUACAGGAAAUAAGCCAUACAAAUGUAAGCUCUGCACUGACAGUUUCAUCAACAAAGUAGUACUUGAACGACACAUGAGAUUUCACGGAGCAUCUACAAAAGUUUUUCGCUGUGAAUACUGUUUCAAAGAACUUUCCACAGAAACAAGUCUUAGGAAUCAUGUUCAAAGACUGCACAAGACAACUGUUCAGUGUGAAUUGUGUAAAGCAGAAUUCCUUUCACGAGAGGAUUUAAAAAGUCAUCUUGAUGAUUCACAUGAACCUUCAUUAUGUUCAAUAUGUCACAAAAGUUUUGCUUUGCCAAGAUACCUUAAAAUGCAUGAGAAAUUACAUUAUGAAGAUUCAAUUGCACGAAUUCAAUGCUCAUUUUGUUCAAAACUUUUAGGAAUUAAAAACAUCAAAUCUCAUAUUUUCCGACAUCAUCCUGAACAGUUUGAAUUGUGGCAACAGGCUAAUCCAACAUUAUAAAAAAAUUAUUAGAUAAAAAAAAAAAUUUCAGAAAAGAAUUGAAGGAAUAAGAAAGCAAUUUUAUAUGAAGAUGGUGUAACGUAUUUUUAUUCUCUGAAUUCAAUGCCCUCUCCUCAGUUCAAAUUAAAUACGAUAGAGGCGCUAAAGCUUGUUUACAUGUAAACAAAUAUUUAGAAAUAUUAUUUCCUUAAUCUAUCUACUUGUCACUCAUAAUGUAUAAACACAUCACUUAAACAAAGAUGUAUUCAAAUUUAGAACUUUUUAAUGGAUCAGGAUUCCCAAGUGUAUUGAUUGUGGAAGGGAAAAAUGAUGUUUUUAUUGUUGAGAAUAAUGAUAAACAAAAACAAUUCAGUAAAUUUAAUUAUACAGGAAAUAAUAAGAAAUUAAAGACUGACCAAAAAAAUAGUUGUAAAUAUGAUCAGAUCUCUUCUGGGAUAGCAUCAAUUCCUAAAUCAGAUAUUAGCACAAAUUCCUUAGAAAGAAGAAAUUCUGAAAUUAUUCCAACCUUUAACAGCCGAUGGAUAGAAGAUAAAGAAGAUGAAAACGUUGGAUUCUUCCCUGAAUUAAGUCAAAGUAGCAACGGUGCUGAUACGCAUGUUGAUAUAAAGUUUAUUUCUGAUAGCAGUAACACAGACAGCGAAGAGUUUUUUGAAACAAAAUAUAAAAACGAGCAUGAAAAAAUAAAGAAGCCUGCUGUAAAACUUCCAAAAGAUUCUUACAAAGGUACUCUUCUAGAUUAUAGAAAAAGGUUUCUUCUUGGAAUACCUGAAUGCAAAUAUUGCGAUACUGUUUUUGGUUCGAAAGCUGAGAAGUUGGAACAUAAAUGUCCAUAUCUUCAAUGUAGCAAUCCAAAAAAUUACAUUUGCCGCUUUUGCAACAAGGAACGUUGUAAAAGAGAUUUUAGAAAUCAUCUUCAUGAUGUACUUGAAUGUCAAUACUGUGGGAAGAAAUUAAUGAGUAAAAGAAGACUGAAAUGCCAUAUUGACAUAUGUCAUAAAGACGAGCCUCCACUUCCUCCAAUCGAGAAGAAAAUGGAAAAUACAGAGGAAAAACUGAAACUUUAUCAAGAAGCUUACGAGAAAUUAAAGCAAAAUAAAAUUCGAGAGAGAAGAAGACAAAUUAAAGUUAAACAAAAAAGUAGAAAAGAGGAAGAAUUAUUUCAAUGUGACUAUUGCGGAAAGUACUUAGCACAAAAAGAAACUUUAAAAUUUCACAUGUAUCAUCAUACGACCUUCAAACCUUUCAUUUGUCCUAAAUGUGGCAUUGGCUAUCCAACAUAUGCUGGAAUGAAAUUUCAUAAAUGUGGAAAGAUUAAAACAAGAAAUCCAUUCUCACCGUAUCAUAGCAUUCCGAAUUAUUGUUUUUUCUGCAAUAUUCAAUUUAAAUGUCAUAUUGACAACAAGAAUCAUGUCUGCAUUUAUAAUCACCCUCAGAAAGGUAUUUUGAUAUUCUGUCGUUUCUGUGGAUUGGCAGUUUACAAAUCACGUUUUCUUAAUCAUUUAAAAUGUCAUAAAGGUCUUAAUAAGUUCUGCACUAUUUGCAGUAUUCAAUUUAAAACGCAAGUGGAACAUAAUGCUCAUAUGCCGAGACAUCUAAAAAUUGAAAAUUAUCAAUGCGAUUAUUGUCCGGAAAGAUUCAACACAUUAAGACAAUCACAAAAUCAUGUCAGCCAAUAUCACAGCGGUGAAAAGAAAUUGAGUUGUGAUUAUUGCUUCAAGGUUCUGAAAUCAAUUUACAAUCUUCAGGAUCAUAUUCGAAGAGUUCAUGAGAAGAGAAAUCAUUGUGAGUUGUGCAAAAAAGAAUUUUCAUCGCGAGAUCUAUUAAAAAGUCAUUUAUUGAACGAUCACGAACCAAAUAUCUGUCAAAUUUGUGGAAAAAAUUACGUUUUACCAAGAUAUCUGAAUACUCACAUGAAAUUACAUCUAGGAGGACCAAAGAGAAUUCGUGCCAAGAAACCGUAACUACUUAACGAUUAUAAAUAAUUUUAAGCAUACAAAUUCACCAAAUUACCAACUAAAGUUUCAUUUGGAUUGAAUAAAAGUCAUUGAA